UUGACAGUGACAUAUUGCUUGAUAGCUGUAGCAUUAAAAGUAUUGUGUGAAUUAAAAAAAAAUAUAAGUUAGUUUUAAAAGAAAAAUUGUAGAUACAAUAUAAAAAAUAACAUACCAAGUAUGUUACGACUUUGCUAUCGAAAUGCUGUGUCCCAAAGGUGUUGUAAUAUAUCCGCAUUAGCAGAUUGCAAAGAAAUUGUAUCCGGCACGAAAGGCAUGACUGUUGUCCAUAAAAUAAUAGGAAGACAUUAUGCUUCAAAGAAAUUAAACGAAGAAAAUAAAUUAGAACAAAUAUACUAUGGACCUUUAACGCCACAAAUAAAGGCUGUUAAGAUAUUUUCACUGUCUUCUAGUGCUGCCGGUCUUGUGGCUCAACCAAUAAUUAUAAAAGAAGCGUCUACCAUAGGGAGUACAUCACUACUAAUAGCUAUUUGUUCGGUUGUAGGCUUCUUUACAUUCGUUACUCCUUUAUUACUGCACUUCAUUACAAAAAAAUAUGUGUCCGAGGUUUAUUAUAACCCAGACACAAUGAGUUAUACAGCAGUAACCCGCAAUUUCUUUCUUGUUUCUAAGAAGUUGGAGUUCAAAGCGGAGGAUGUAGUGGUUCCAGAUAUUCCAGGCAUGUUCACAACAAUGCAUGCCAAGGGCACACCUCUAUUCAUUGAAGCGAGACAUUUUAAUGACCCUAUGCAUUAUGCCAAAAUAAUGGGUUAUGACAAACCUUUAGACUUCAAACUUGGCAAUAUGGAGGAACCAGAAAGCAGUAAAAAGUAGACAGUUAAGUGAUUGUUGUGUAUAGGUAGUUAAUUAAAUGUUACUUAAAAAUGU